AUGGCGCCACUCCCGCCACUGCUCUGCCUCUGCGUCGCCGCGGUGCACCUGGCAGGGGCCCGAGGUGCCUUCCUCACUGAGGGGCCCACGGGGACUGCAUGGGGGCUCCACAGAUGGUCACCACCCCCUGGCCAGCCCUCCCCAGCCCUGGAGAACUGGGAAGAGGCCAGCGAGUGGACGUCAUGGUUCAACGUAGACCACCCGGGUGGUGACGGCGACUUCGAGAGCCUGGCGGCUAUCCGAUUCUACUACGGGCCAACGCGCGUGUGCUCGCAGCCGCUGGCGCUGGAGGCGCGCACCACAGACUGGGCACUGCCCGCCACUGUCGGCGAGCGUGUGCACUUGAACCCCACGCGCGGCUUCUGGUGCCUCAACCGGGAGCAACCGCGCGGCCGCCGCUGCUCCAACUACCACGUGCGCUUCCGCUGCCCCCUUGAGGCAGUGUGGGGCGCGUGGGGCCCCUGGGGUCCCUGCUCCGGGAGCUGUGGGCCAGGUCGUCGCUCGCGUCGUCGCAGCUGCCCGGCUGAGGACACGUGUCCCGGGCGUCCGCUGGAGGCGCAGAAGUGCGUGCGGCCUCGGUGCCCAGGGUGCAACCCUGACACCUGUGGGUGCCCUGACCACGUCCUCCUGGGCACUGUGGUCACCCCAUCUGGGCGACCACUACCGGGAGCCAGGGUCUUCCUGAGAGGCCAACCAGGCACUGUGGCUACCAGUGAUGCCCACGGAACCUUCCGGGUGCCCGGCAUCUGUGCCAGCAGCCAGGCCAACAUUAGUGCCCAGGUAGAUGGAUUCUCUGCAGGCAUGGCCCAGGCCCAGGCCAAUGGCUCCAACUCAGCUGUGGUCACUCUUGUCCUUAAGAAGUUGGAGAAGCCCUAUCUGAUGAAGCACCCCGAGUCCCGAGUACGAGAAGCAGGCCAGAAUGUGACCUUCUGCUGCAAAGCUGCAGGCACCCCCACACCCAAGAAAUACUUCUGGUUCCACAACGGGACCCUGCUGGACAGGAGAGAGCUCAGGUAUGGGGCCCAACUGGAGCUGCGGGGCCUGCAUCCAGACCAAGCGGGUACCUACCACUGCAAGGCCUGGAAUGAUGCAGGCACCGUCCGUUCAGCUGCCGCCUGGCUCACGGUGUUGGCCCCAGGCCAGUCAGCCUGCGACCCCCAGCCCCUAGAGCACCUGAUCAAGCUCCCAGAUGACUGUGGUCAGCCAGACGGCAGCCCUGCUUACCUGGACGUGGGCCGGUGCCCCGAUGUGCACUGCCCCGGCCCCGUGAGCUCCAGCCCCCGGUGUGAGGACACUAGCACCCGCUGCUGCUCUGUGCGGCAUUUGCAGAGCCAGGAGGUCCACUGCUCUGGCUAUGUCCUCCCAGUGAAGGUGGUGGCCGAGUGUGGCUGCCAAAAGUGCCUGCCUCUGCGUGGCCUGGUCCGAGGCCGCGUGGUCGCUGCCGACUCGGGGGAGCCCCUUCGCUUUGCCCGCAUCCUGCUGGGCCGUGAGCCUAUCGGCUUCACCUCCUACCAGGGUGACUUCACCAUCGAGGUGCCACCAUCCCUGGAUCGCCUGGUGCUGACCUUCCUGGAUCCCAGCGGUGAGUUCGUGGAUGCCAUCAGGGUUCUGCCCUUUGACCCACGGGGCACUGGUGUGUACCAUGAGGUCAAGGCCAUUCGGAAGCAAGUCCCAGUCGUCUUGGACACUACUCAGAGCAACAGAAUCCCACUUGGUGAGCUGGGGGAUGAGGCCCCCGUGGGUGAGCUGGUCCUGCCUCCGGGGUCAUUCCGCUUUGCCGAUGGCCGGCCCUAUGAGGGUGCCGUGGAAGCCCGGGUAACCUUCGUGGAUCCCCGCAAUCUGGCCUCUGCUGCUGCUGCUCCCAGUGACCUGCGCUUUCUGGACCAAGAUGGGGAGCUGGCGUUGCUGCGCACAUAUGGCAUGUUCUCCGUGGACCUUCGUGCUGCCAGCUCUGGGGAGCAGCUACAGGCAGGGCCUCUGACUGUGCGUGUGGCUGCCGGGCAAAUCCAGAUGCCUGGCCACGCAGAGGCACUCAGGCUGUGGUCACUGGACCCCGGCACGGGCCUGUGGGAGGAGGAGAGCAGGUUCUGGCCCGAGGCACCCACUGGUCCCCGGGUCCGCCGAGAGGAGCGGGUCUUCCUGGUGGGUAACGUGGAGAUUCGGGAGCGGCGCCUGUUCAACCUUGACGUGCCCGAGCGCCGCCGCUGCUUUGUGAAGGUGCGUGUCUACGCCAAUGACAAGUUCACACCCAGCGAGCAGGUGGAGGGUGCUGUCGUCACGCUGGUCAACCUGGAACCUGCGCCUGGCUUCUCUGCCAAUCCCCGUGCCUGGGGCCGCUUUGAUAGUGCCGUCACCGGUCCCAAUGGUGCCUGCCUCCCUGCCUUCUGUGACGAAGACCAGCCUGAUGCCUAUACUGCCCUUGUCACUGCCACCCUGGGGGGUGAGGAGCUGGAGCCAGCGCCCUCCCGGCCCCGCCCACUCCCGGCCGAUGUGGGUGUCACCCAGCCCUACCUGGACAGGCUGGGCUAUAGGCGCACAGACCACGAGGACCCUGCCCUCAAGCGAAACGGCUUCCGCAUCAACCUGGCCAAGCCCAGGGCUGGCAACCCCACUGAGGCCCGUGGGCCCGUGUACCCGUGGCGCAGCCUGCGUGAAUGUCAGGAGGCCCCUGUGACUGACAGCCACUUCCGCUUCGCUCGUGUGGAGGCCGACAGGUAUGAGUACAACGUGGUGCCCUUUCGUGAGGGUGUGCCUGCCUCCUGGACCGGCGACUUCCUGUCCUGGUGGCCCAACCCACAGGAAUUCCGGGCCUGCUUCCUCAAGGUGCGCAUCCAGGGCCCCCAGGAGUACAUGGUACGUGCCCACAGUGCUGGGGGCAGCCAUCCACGCACACAGGGCCAGCUCUAUGGGCUGCGGGAUGCCCGCAGUGUCCGUGACCCCCAGCGAGCUGGCACAUCUGCCGCCUGUGUGGAAUUCAAGUGCAGUGGAAUGUUGUUCGACCAGCAGCAGGCGGACAGGACGCUGGUGACCAUCACACCGCAGGGUAGCUGCCGCCGCACAGCCAUCAACACGCUGCUGGAAGACUACCUGGCCAGGCACCCGCCGCCUGCACCAGCAGAUGACCCCACUGCCUUUACCAUGCUGGCCCCGCUGGACCCCCUGGGCCACAACUACGGUGUCUACACGGUCACUGACCAGAGCCCACGACUGGCCAAGGAGAUUGCCAUCGGCCGCUGCUUUGAUGGCUCCUCUGACGGCUUCUCACGGGAGAUGAAGGCCGACGCCGGCACUGCCGUCACCUUCCAGUGUCAUGAACCACCCACUGGCCGGCCCAGCCUCUUCCAGCGGCUGCUAGAGUCUCCAGCCGUGGCACUGGCUGACAUCCGCCAGGAGAUGGGUGAGGUGGCCCGAGGCCAGGCUCGUGCCACCGGCCCCCUCCGCACCCGCCGGGGAAGAACCCAGCAGUGA